AUGGACGGUAACACCAGUGCCGGGGGCACAGAGGGCCAGCACAGGAAUCCCCACCUGAAGGCGGAAAAUAAGCAUGAGGAGAAGGUCCAGGAGCCUGACAGAACACAGGACGAGCGCAGGGCAGAGAUGGGGAGCAAAACCUGGGCAGACCUGGCUGGGGAGAUGAAGAUCUUCCUCUGGAACCCGGAGGAGAGAACAUGCCUGGGGAGAACGGCCAAGAGCUGGGGUUUGAUCUUUCUGUUUUAUUUCAUUUUCUACACGUGCCUGGCGGGGAUGUUUGCCUUUUGCCUGUACGUGAUGCUGCUCACGCUGAGCCCCUACACGCCCAGGUACCGGGACCGUGUGUCUCCACCAGGAGUAAUGAUCAGACCAUACUUGAAUGGGUUCACCAUUGCCUUCAAUGUCUCUCAGCCCAGCACGUGGCAGCCCUAUGUGGACAACAUGCACCAAUUCCUAGCAGCUUAUGAUGACAAAGUUCAAGAGGAGAAGAAUAUCGAGUGUGUCUCAGGACAGUACUUCAUCCAAGGGGGCAAUGAAAGUGAGGAGAAGAAGGCCUGCCAGUUCAAGCGCUCACUGCUGCAGAACUGCUCUGGCAUUGAGGACCCAACGUUUGGCUUCUCUAAAGCACAGCCCUGCAUCCUGCUGAAGAUGAACCGGAUCAUUGGCUACCGCCCUGGUGCUGGGGUCCCUGUGAGCGUGGACUGCAAAGUGCAGAAAGGCAAUGAGAGUGAUCUCAGAUCGGUGGACUUCUACCCAGGAAAUGGGACUUUUGAUCUCAUGUAUUAUCCUUACUAUGGCAAGUUCACUCACGUCAACUACACAUCCCCACUGGUAGCUAUGCACUUCACAGAUGUGAAGAGGAAUUAUUUGGUCCCUAUUCAGUGCAGUCUGCAUGGAAAAGGUAUCAUCAAUGACCUCAACAGCGACCGAUUCCUGGGCCGAAUCAUCUUCACACUCAACAUUGGGAAGUAG